AUGCCGGGCAAAGAUGGCGGCCAUACUGACGAGGUGUUAUUGCCAAUGGACAUAAUGAGGGCAUUUUCGUGACAAUUCCAAGCCGACUCCGUCAUUCGAUGCGCGUUUAGUCACCUCGCUAUAAUCCUUGACGCCUUUUGUUUUUUUUUGUGUACAUUUUUUACGCUCCCUCCUCCAACAUGUUCAGUCAGUAGCUGGCUAACGGAGAGCAGUCUACUCGCUAGCUAGCUAGCUCGCCGCCGUCAAGAGUAGGAUGGGAGAAAAGCUGGAGCUCAAGCUCAAAUCGCCGGUUGGAGCAGAACCCGCUGGCUACCCUUGGCCCUUACCGAUUUACGAUAAACACCAUGAUGCUGCUCAUGAAAUCAUCGAGACCAUUCGGUGGGUGUGCGAGGAGAUUCCAGACCUCAAACUGGCAAUGGAAAAUUAUGUGCUCAUCGACUAUGACACCAAGAGUUUUGAGAGUAUGCAGAGACUGUGUGACAAAUACAACCGGGCGAUUGACAGCAUUCACCAGCUGUGGAAAGGGACCACCCAGCCCAUGAAGCUGAACAAGCGACCUUCCAACGGGCUGUUGAGACACAUCCUCCAGCAGGUGUACAACCACUCUGUGACCGACCCGGAGAAGCUGAACAACUACGAGCCCUUCUCCCCGGAGGUGUAUGGGGAGACCUCAUUCGACCUGGUGGCUCAGAUCAUCGAUGAGAUGGAGAUGAUGGAGGACGACACUUUUGUUGACCUUGGCAGCGGCGUGGGUCAGGUGGUGCUGCAGGUUGCCGCAGCGACCAACUGUAAACACUACUACGGCGUGGAGAAGGCAGACAUUCCAGCAACCUAUGCAGAGACCAUGGACAAGGAGUUUAAAAAGUGGAUGAAAUGGUAUGGGAAGAAACACGGAGAAUACACACUGGAGAGAGGGGAUUUUCUCUCUGAAGAAUGGAAAGAACGAAUCGCCAACACAAGUAUUAUUUUUGUGAAUAACUUUGCCUUUGGGCCCGAGGUGGAUCACCAGCUGAAGGAACGUUUUGCUAACAUGAAGGAAGGUGGAAAAAUUGUAUCCUCCAAACCAUUUGCACCAUUGAAUUUUCGAAUAAACAGCAGAAACUUGAGUGAUAUAGGCACAAUAAUGCGUGUGGUAGAGCUCUCUCCACUGAGGGGUUCUGUGUCCUGGACUGGAAAGCCAGUUUCCUACUACUUGCAUACCAUAGACCGCACCAUACUUGAAAACUACUUUGCUAGUCUCAAAAAUCCUAAACUCAGGGAAGAGCAAGAGGCAGCUAGGCGACGUCAGCAGAAAGAUACAAAGGACAGUAAAAGCAAUAGCACCACGCCCACGAAAACGAAAGAACAAAACAAGCAGGACUCCGGUGGGGAGGAAGAGCAGCCCCCUUUGGUGGCCGUGGUUAAGCCCGCCGCCAAACCUCGUCGAGCAAAGCUCCUGUCCAAAGGUCGCAAGCUGAACAACAGCAACAACAAGAAGAGAGGUCGACCCAAGAAGGCGGCACCGGCUGUUGACAAAAACAAGAAGAACCAGAGCGCGUUGGAUUUGCUGCAUGCCAAGACCCUUUCUGCAGCACCCCCUCAGGAUGCAUACCUACAACCACGGAGCCCCUUUUACCAACUACCUCCCAAAGUUCAGCACUAUCCAACCAAUCAACUGCUGCUGAGCCCAACUCCUCCUGGCCUGCAAAACCUGCUAGAUAACAUCAAAGUUCAGUACCUCCAGUUUAUGGCCUACAUGAAGACUCCUCAGUACCGCUCCAACCUACAGCAGCUUUUAGAGCAGGAGAAGCAAAAACACAGGGAUUUGUCUGGACAGGCAGAACAGCUUCAUUCCAUUUGCCAGGCUCACAAGGAUAAAAUCAAAGGUCUCUUUCAGACAAAACUUGAUGAGCUGGGAGUGAAAGCUCUCACUGUGGAGGACCUGCUGCAGGCUCAGAAGGAGAUAUCAGCCCACAACCAUCAGCUGAAAGAGCAGACGAAACAGCUCGAGAGAGACAUGGCUUUACUGAAAGAUCACAGCCUGCUAUUGCUGAAGUCUCGAUGUGAGGAACUGAAGCUAGACUGGGGCUCUUUGUGUCUUGAGAGUCUCUUGAAGGAGAAGCAGGCUCUGCGGAGACAGAUCUCUGAGAAGCAGAGGCACUGCUUGGAGUUGCAGAUCAGCAUUGUAGAGCUCGAGAAAAGUCAAAGGCAGCAGGAGCUACUUCAGCUCAAAUCCUACAGCCCUCGUGAUGAUUCCCCUUAUAGAAAGAACCCAGAUCCCCGCUCCUCCACAGACAUGGACACUUCCAAGUUUGGCCUAUCCUCCACCCCAGCUCUGAACGGCAUAAGCCCAGAACGACCCAUCAACGGCACCAGUUCGCCCUCAUUUGAGCGGCCGAAUACCAAGACGGAGCUUCUGUCACGCUAUCUGCCCAUCUCACCCGACCACGAGAUCGUGCCUGCCACACCUGAAGCUCGGCAGAGGCAGCAGAUCUCCCACACUCUUCCUGAUUACACACGCUUCUCGCCUGCCAAAAUUGCCUUGCGCAGGCAUUUGAACCAGGAGCCCACGGCCUCUGGCCAUCUGAGAGGCCCCGGGCUGCCCACACACAGGAUGGAAAUGGGUGGCUUUAACUCCCCUCUUGGAGCCAAGCAGAGCAGCUCAUCCCCUAAUGCGUCUGACACACAAAGGAGCACUGAGAGGGCAUUUUCCAUUCAGGGUGGAAAGGAGAAGAGUCCAUCUGUUCAGGGAGAAAGCAGCAUCAAAAGCCUUCCAAUAAGUAUUCCUCUGAGCACUGUCCACCCAAGCAAACUUCCAGUCAGCAUUCCACUGGCCAGUGUGGUGCUGCCCAGUCGGGCUGAGAGGCUGAGAAAUACUCCCAGUCCUGUGUCUCAGGGCAGUCAAAUCAAUGGAUAUUCAUCUAGCUCAUGCCUCAUGAAUGGAGGUCCACACCCAGAGGAACAUAAUGGUGCUUCUUCAUCGCCUCCACACGCAAACACGCCUCUGAUAGGACCACAGAGCAGAGGAGGUCCGAUCCAGAGCCCCCCACUCAACACCGGAGGGGUUCUUCAUUAUGCAGACGGACCUCCGAGGAUACUUCCAGAAGAUGGCCAGGAACACCAAGAAGCAGACUCUGAAACAGAACUGCAGGACAAUGACUUGCGGAGGAGAAUAUUCUUCUCUUCCUCCUCCUCCACCUCUUCUUCCUCGUCAUCAGGCAGCGGAGGCAGCGUGGUCGGAGGUUCACGCCUCCACCAUCACACCGGCAGCUCAGGCAGGCAGGGAUACCACGGCAACCACAACCACCAGUCCCCCGGCACGCAGCACAUUUACACACCGACGCACUUGUCGUCGUCACACUCCGCUCACGGCCUUGCUUCUCAAGAGGGACGCAAGCGGGGGAGGCGGAAGCGCGGCUCCACGGGGGCCGUCACAGCCAGCGGCUCCCCUAAGAGGAGGUCGUUCCCUGGGAUUAGUGCUAACAAUCACUCCUCUGGAUCACCACUCAACAUCAAUUCCAUGGUGAACAACAUAAACCAGCCUCUGGAGAUCUCUGCCAUCUCCUCGCCAGAGCAAUCAAGCCGCAGCCCUGCCGGGCCUGACAUGGACCAACCUCCAGUCCUUAAGAGAGAACGCCCCCUGGAGAUGAACGGUACAGGUCGUUACUCCUCCGCCCCCAGCUCAGAUGAUGAGGACUCAGGAUACCCUGCAGACAGCUCCAGCUCACGAAUCGAAAGAAAAAUUGCUACAAUAUCCUUGGAAAGCAGAGAUGGACACAAUAGAAUGGGGGACAGUGAAAGAGGCAGGAAGUGUGGAAGCAGCAGUGGUAACAGCACAGGCAGUGAGACCUCCUCCUCCUUGUCCUCUACAAGCAAAUGGAAGUCAACCUUUUCACCUAUUUCUGACCCCAAGCAGCCCAAUUCCGACCUUAGACAAGGAGGAUCUCCAUUUGGAAUGGGUGGAUCAAACCGGGACUCGGACUCUGAUUACAAACAACACCAUCAGCAGCCCAGGAAGGGCAGUGAUGGAGAGUUAUCCAACUACCCCAACCCUUUCCUGAGUCAAGAGACUGCUACCCGCAGUGGUGCUAGCGGAGGAACCCAGGGGGGUAGCAUUUCUGAGCAGCGCCAGGUUCUACAGAAGCAGAAGGCCCCUCGCGAUUGGGAGCUCAAGGCGAGCAGCAGCCACUCCAGUCAGAACCUUUUCAUAUCUGCUGCUGUCAGCAGUGGAGGGGGCAUUCUUAGUGGGAAAGUUGGGACCAGCCCUGUCUCGGUUUCCUCAACAGGAACCUCUGUGGGUCAGUAUUUGGGCUCUCAGUUCCCACUGGGAGGGACCUCGGUCCUACAGUCGCUGUUCGGUGCCCAGACAGGAAGCUCCACUGCAGGCGGCAAUGCACGACUGGUCAACGGACACUCUGGCGUGGGGAGUUUCUCUAGCGCUGGACUGGCAGGGGGAGCAGCUGGAGGUAUCUUUCAUCACGCGGUUCCUUCGGUGUCCUCCCAUCAGUUUGGGGCGUCACUGCCCACCUCAGGAGGCCUCACCUCUCUGCUCAGUCUCUCCUCCUCCCAACACAACAUCCCCCAACCCACCUCUACGCGCCUGCCGUCCGCAUCCACACCUCUCCCCCCAUCCUCCAUGUCGCAGGCCCAGCAUAGCCGCACACAGUCGGUGCUGCACAGCCCCUCUCCUCCCACACUCUCGCUGCCCCCACCUCCACCCCUGCACAGCGCCCCCUCGCACACAGACGUCCCACCAUCCUCUCGAUCUGACUCCCUCCACUCCUCUCGUCUCUCCCACUCCUCUCUCCAUCACCAGAGGGCGCAUUCGUCCCUCACUCUCACCAUCUCCUCUUCCAUCCCAUCCUCCUCUGCAGCUCUCUCUGCUCCUGCCUCCUCCCCUCACUCCCCUUCAUCUCGUCUAUUCGCAGUGCACUACUCCCCCCGCCUGCCACUGCCACCUGCCAGUAACUCGGGUGGUGGCGGCAGCAGCAUGCGAAGGACUCAGGGCAUGCAUGGCACCUACACCACCUCCUCUUCACUCCCCGGCUCCCGACCAAGAUAGGUUUUGGUGGGGAGGGGGAGGGGGGUGUAGCAGGAAAUCAGAGGAGAGAGAGAGAGAGAGAGAGAGAGAGAGAGAGACAUGUAGGGAGUUCGUUGUUCAAAGCGAACAAGGUAAUUGCUGAAGACUACCUCAACAUGAAAGAAACUAUGCAAAUGUCCAGGUGUGGACCAAGGCACUCUGCUCCUCACUCACUGGUGCUUUAAUGACGUCUGCACUACCGGACCGCCUCCAAGACCGGCUUCUGUACUAGGACAUACACGCACACUGCUUUGAUCACCAUGAGCGGAAUUCAAAUGAACCGGUCAUGUUUUGGAUUAAAAAGUGUUUAUAUUUUUUAAUACAUCAUUUUCAUCAUAACAUUCAUUGAUAAUCAACGAUGUUUAACAUUUAGCAGCUCGGUGCAAGCUUCUUUUUUUAAAAUUCUGAUCAUGUGAAAAUGAUGAAUGCAACAAGCACACAACUUUCUGUCGUGGAGGUGCAACUUCCUGUUUGACCCGUUCAUUGAGUUCUGCUCCUCUGACAGAUCAUGCAGCUGUUCCUUUUUGAGGUGUGUGUGUUUUCUUGUUAUUAUUCCAAGCAUCUGAACGAUGAACAAGAUGAGGAAAUGAUUUAGGUCUGCGUUCACACUGGAUAACAACAUAUAGUUUCCUUUUGUAGCAUAAAAGAACUGGCUGCUUGUGUACACCAGUUACAUAUUUUUACUUAACAAUUAGGUCCCACCCAUCUUUUCAUUCAAAAACAAUUGGUGCAAAAAACAGUUGCUAUCCAACUGUUCUGAGCUCACAGAGCUAUAAUUUGCUAGCUGGAUCAAACCAGUUACCGUCCUAUCAUUAACAUGAGAUGUAACAUAUCAGAAAGCGUUACUGUUGUUAGGUAAUCAGACAUAUUUACCGUGUAAAAGAGCGUUUACUUCCAAUAAAUCAGUGUUUAUUUCACCCUAAAAAGAAGUUUGAGUUAAAUACAUGAACGGUAAAAUACUCUCACAUGGUGCUCUGUGUUCAUUCUCUCUGCCAGGUGAUAUGAUGCUGUCAAGUUAAGUGAAGCUGAAUCCAGGUAGUUAACAAUAAUAAUAAUAAUAAUGACAGGCGCUUCUUUUUUGUAUUUAUUAGUCCUGUUGUCAAUUUUUCUAAGUGCGACGGUAACCUUCUCAAAGCAGGACGUUUUUAACCUCUUCUUAAGCUAAAGGUUUAUUUAUUUGUGCUGCUGGGUGCUAAGAGCAUGUUUUAGGACUCUAAAAUGCAGAUAAACUCUGCACACUGACACACACAUACACAUCCUCACACUGGGAAAUCAUUGAUUUUUUUAUUUUGUAUUUUUUUUAAACCAUUAAUCACGAACUACUGGACUACUUCACACCUCCUCUUGUUUUGCUUUUGUCCUUUUUGUGUUUGUACUGUGAAUGUGAUUCUCUUGACUGUACAGUUGUGUUAGAUUUAUAUAUUUAUGUCCCCCAUUUGCCUUUUCAUUGUCCUUUGCAAUCCUGAAAUGUGUUGACGUUGUAGAAUGCAAUAGUGUGUCACUCACUGUUGGAAAACAAUGGUGCUAAAUUGAACUGUGCCUGGUUUUUAUUUAUUCUUACAGUAAAAAAAAAUACAAAAGAAGUGAGACAACGUUGUGCUGUACACAGGGACAUUUUGUAAAGCAACCCUUUUUUUGGCCUUUAAGUUCUCCUGUUUUAACACUUGGAUAAAAACUUGUGAGUGAAAACACACUGUUUUGUACAAAGGCUUUCUCUCCAGCGCCAACACAAAAGCUAUAUUUAAUAUGUUAAUAUUAUAUAUACUGUCUGAAUAUAUAUGGGGGGAAAAAACCUUUAGGUGCUGCAUUGUGACUCCCACACUCUGUCUUUUAUGCCACCACAUGACCUUAACAACAAGCAUGGCGUCAUCCUGUGAUGCACACACAUGAGGUGCUGUGGCGGAGAACACCACUUGGAUGUUUUCCUGUCAUUUUUCUUUUACAAGGAUUCUGCAGGAAAAAAUGGUGCUUCUGUUUUCAAUGGUGCAAACAAAGCUUUGAGUUUUACAGAUGAGGCACCCUCCUUGUGUUUUUUUUUUUCUCAUAUAUUGUUUGUAUUGCAAGAGCCGCACUAAAUGUCAAACUUGUGUGUGUGAGCCUGUGCGUGUGUAACUGUUAUUUGAACACAACUGUGUUUUGAAGACACGGUUGUAGUCUGUUUAAACCAGGACUGACUUUUUUUUUUGUUUUGUUUUUUUAAUCAUUGAUGUUGUUUCCAUCACUUCUUUUCAUUUUUCCGUUGAAUUUGUCUUACUAAUUCCUGUUCUCUUUGUAGAAAUUCGGUGCUCUCCAUCACUUAAAACAAGGAAAAAUGGCAGCUAAGUCUUCUGCUGUUGUGCCGUAGUGUUUUCUUCCUGUCAGUAACCUUCAAUGCGGGCAGCUUUCUGGAUGGCAGCUGUGGUGUAUGCGCAAGUGAGAACCGCAUUUUUAUCACAACUUCCCGACACUUUUGUAGCUUACCUCUUUUUAUAUAAUUCUAUGUGAUUUCAAUUUUAAAAAGUGCAUCGCGGUAGCUUAAGACCUGUGCACCCUCGGAAGUCGAAUACAAUCCAAUUCAGUUGUGAAGUAAUUUCCCACGAGAAGCAAAGCACUCUAUUGUAAAAUGACAUGUGAGAGCAGCAAUAUUUAUAAAGUAACAUCACAUUUCAGAAAGAAUUUCAUUACAAUAUAUCUUCUCAAAGGACAAUCCUAUAGAAAGUAAACUUGGCUAUACUUACAGAAUAGAGUGGUCAGUGAACAGCUUGCAUAACAGUAUACAUUUACUAUGCACUGAAUGAGUCACCUUGCGUGAGUGCUGCCGGCACUGGGGAGCUGAGGUUCUUUGAGGGAAAAAUGAAUUCCAACAUAAUGAUCAAAUACAAAAGAUUCUCAGUCCACCGGCAAAAGGCGAAAAAAAACACCAGUAAUUGAGAUGCCCAUAACAAUGUCUAUUUUGACACUAACACAAACCAACAGGAGGUCAUGAAACCAAACACCUCCCUCCCUCGCGGUGAAAAAGUAACAGAACAUGUAUAACACACAAUGUGGUGUGAAUAAGUGUUUGCCCCCCUUCCUGAUUUCUUUUUUUUUUUUUUUGCGUGUUUGUCACACUUAAAUGUUUCAGAUCAUCAAACGAAUUUAAAUAUUAGUCAAUGACAACACAACUGAUCACAAAAUGCUUCCGUUUUUGCCCAGGGUCUUUGUUAUGGUGGAGUCAUGAACACUGACCUUAACUGAGGCAAGUUUUUUUUUUUUUCUCCCUUAAUAAUAAAAAGUUUUGUUUAAAAAUUGCAUUUUGUGCUCAGUUGUGUUGUCGUUGACUAAUAUUUAAAUUUUUGAUGAUCUGAAACAUUUAAGUGUGACAAGCGUGCAAAAAAAGAAAUCAGGAAGGGGGCCAACACUUUUUCACACCACUGUAACUGCAUCACACACUAUGCGGGUAUUGAAAUAAAUGCUUACACACAUUAUACAUGCAAGACAAUGGGUAAUGCUGGGUAACUUCCUGUUGGUGUGCCCUUGGUCUCCCUAGCAUGUCUUGUGGGUGGAAAUGAGCGUAAAAUAGUAUUGUUUUGCAUGUACAUUAGAGUGUAAGCAUCAAUUUCGUUGCCCACAUUGUCAUUUUGGUACAGUUUCAUUGUGUGUUCUUGUUUUAGUUUGCAACGUGAGUGAGGUAGAAAUUUGGGUUUAUAAAAUAUGAAUAUGCGGGGAUCCACUGUACACCCCCAAGAUCUGUCUCACACACACACACACUGCUUCAUGUCAUUAUUGUCUAAAUCAGGUGUGUCCAAAGUGCAGCCGUGGGGCCAUUUGCAGCCCGCUGCUUGUUGAAAUUUAGGCUUGCAUGAGUGCUGCUAGUUCUGGCGAGCUGCGGUUCAUUUAGUGAAAAAUUAGAUGACAAUAUUGCACAAAAUGUGUGCACUUUGGAUACAGUUUUCAGCUCACAGUGAAAACUGAGCUGUGUUGCCAGCUAUCUAGACAGUAAUUGCUGUGUGUCAGUGGAAAGUAAAUGUAUACUGCUUUCAAAGAUGCACAGUACUCAUUAACACUGACUGAAGUUUGGGGGAACCUUGCGGUCAGAGGUCAUAACUCAGGAACUUGCUUGAAGUUUUCUGUAGGGGUGGGAACAGUGCCAUUUGGGCACUUGCGUUCUCACUGACACAUCCAUCCAGCCCUUGAGUUCUAGAAAGCUCCAUGAGGUCAUUCUCUCACACAGUGCUGAGCAGACGUGUGGUGGUCCUCCUUGUAGGGUCAGCUUUGAUGAUAAUGAGGUGCAAUAACAGCAAAGCCUCUGCUUGUGAUGGAAAUGUGUGUUACGUGUGUGUGUGGUGUUGGUGCUUUUUAUCCUAAAAUGACAUAGUGACAAAUGGAAUUCAUGUUGCUUUUCCCCACUGUCCUCCUCUGCAUUUUAUGAAUAUCAAUAAAAUGUUUCAUAUGAUACUUGAAUGUGUCGUGUGGAUAUGCAGUGCAGUGCAAGGCUGUCUCUUCAUUGUGGAGGAAGAAGAGGUUUAAGAUAGGUUUGCACAUUUCAAGAACCCUAUUGGUUGUAUUACUUUCAGUGCCAGAGGUUAGGUAUGUUUCCUGUCAUUUCUGCUCAUGUUAAAUGUUCAGUUUGUCGAACAUUCACCGAUAUUUGCUCCUGCAUCAUUCCUAUUGAUGAGAGAACAUAAGUCAACCAAUAUAGCUGAGGCUAAAGGUCAGAUCAGUACACUCCUUUUCUGGUUACACUCUUUUUUUUUUUGUGUACUGUAUUUACAUUGUGUUGCAGUUUAUGCCUAUUUAACCCUACUGAUUUGAAGGGUAUGUCGUUUGGGUGGCAAAAAGGCAGCUGAGGUCCUCAUUUUUUUCAUAGGUUACACUCUGUUAAUGUCAGAUUUUUGUGCUGAUGCACCAAUUUUGUGUUGUGUUCUUUUAAAGCAAGAACCCUACAGAUUUUCCAGGAUACGUGACCCCAAGGUGAGAGAGGUAGCUGAGGUCAAAAGUUAGAACAGUACUUGCUCCUCAUCACCGCUCUCAUUUUGAUUUUACGGAAUAUGUGACAGAUAGCUGUGGUAAAAUAAUUCCAGUCACGCCUCAGUUUUUGUACGCUCCAGUUUUCAUAUAAUUCGGUUUUAAAUAAAUGGCCAAGAUUUUGCCACAGUUUUCGUACAGUAUUGCAUGUAACAAACGAGUCCAUCUGCCCUGCACUGUAUCGUUCAGUGAAACUGAGUGCCCAGACAAAUCACCCUUCACGUGACUCCGAAACAACCUGCCAUGGGGCCAAAAGAAAUUUGUGGUUGCCAACAAUUUGAUAAAGAAGAUGAGAAAUACUGUUAAAUUAAAUUGCGCCCGGAUGUACAGGAAAUCCGAAUCGACAAUAAGUUCUAUCCAUCCAUUAUUUCUAAUUAUUUAGCAUUGUUUUCUGCAUGUAAAACUUGGUUUUCUCUAUCAAAUGUAUUUUUGUUCAUAUUUUUGGGUACCUGGAAGGGAGUCAUUGGAUUUGCAUUAUUUCUUUUGGCGAACCAUUUGAAACGAACGAGUGGUGAACUGUGGUGCACUGUACAUGCGCCUUGUCGCUUGUCUGCACCAAGUGUAUAGAUUUUUACAGGAAAUGUGACCCAAGAUGGCGGAGAUGGCCAAGGGCAAAGGUCAGAUCUCUACAUCUUACUUACCAACUCAUUCAACUAUCAUAUUUCUUGAAAUUGUGACCUGGGGUGUUUUACUUUACUUAGCUGCAGAGAUUAGAAGGCAUUGAUUAGCACAAAGGGAUUUGUUUUUUGUGGAAGCCUUUGUACAAAUGCAGUAGUACAGUACAGUGCAGUGGUCCAAAA